AUUGGUUUCCUGUGUAUCAUGUUUUCGGAAGUUCAAUUCUAUUCUUUACAAAAAAAAAAAAAAAAAAAAAAAAAAAAAAAGUUCAAUUCAAUUGACAAAAAUUCAAGUAACCUUAAUUCAAUUCAAGUUCUUUUUUAUUUCAUUAUCAGUUCUUCAGCAUUAAUUUACUGAUCGGGAUCGAAGAUUUUGUAUACAAUCGAAAGCCAUGGCCAACUCAAGUGUUCUGGGUCAUCCUCUAUUUCGUAAUUUAAAGAAAUUGAAAAGAAUUGAAGAGAAAGAUCGGAUUAGUGAAUUGUCAGAUGAACUCCUGUCAAAUAUUGUGGCAAGAUUAACAUUGAAGGAAGCAAUAGCAACUAGCAUCCUUUCAAAGAGAUGGACUAAUGUUUGGGUAUCAUACCCUUUUCUUGACUUUGGUUUUCUUCAGAUAAAUUAUUACCCUGAAGUACUUGUACAUAGAGUCAACAACGUUUUAGAGAAAUUUGAUGGUGGAAAGUUAGAUAAAUUCAGGAUUGUGCACCCAAUGUCUGAGAGAUUUAAGUCUCAUAUCGAUGAAUGGAUUGCCUUUGCAACUCGAAAUCGUGUUUCUGAGCUUGAACUCAACUUUGGGAGUUGGCGUAGACAUGAAGGUUUUAACAAUUAUUAUGUUCCUCUCCAUGUGUUUGCUCGAGAGGAUAUGAUGAUAUCAAAUCGUUCCUCUCCCAAUGUUAGAAGCUUUGUGUCUUUAACAGAUCUCCGUCUUACGGCUGUAAACCUUUCAGACCCAAGUAUUUGACAUAAUUUUAUACAAUUGUUCCUCUCUAGAAAAUUUUUAUUUGAGGAAUAAUCGUGGGCUAGUUAAUGCUAAGAAUACAGCUCCUCACCUAAAGCUUAAAUCACUGAAGCUGUACGAUUGUUUUGACUUAAAGAAAUUGGAACUUUUGGCUCCAAAUCUUGUAUCAUUCAAUUAUGAAGGAGAUUAUAAGAAAAGAUUAUGUACUAGUAUUAAGGAUGCUCCACAGCUUGCAUCCCUGAGACUAUCAGUUGAAACUGGUUUUGAAUCAGAUAUGCACCCGAUAUUUCCUAGAGGAAAAAACUUUAUUUUCAACCAGUUCUCCUCUUAUCUACCUAAGCUGGAAUCUAUGGUUGUCUCAGUUGCUCUUUUUGAGGAUAUGAGUAAUUUCAUGGAACUUUGUGUAUUUAGCAAUCUAAAAACUCUGGUGUUGGAUGCAAAUUCAUCUUCAAUACGACUAUGCUGCCAAGUAGCGGCUUUUAUAAUCAGUGCAUCCCCAUACUUGGAGCUACUUGAGCUAAAUCUUUCAUCAACAAAAGCUUCUCUCAAGAAAAUGGAAGCACUAGAAUUGCCGUCUAUGUCUCCACAUAAGAACCUUAAAGAGGUCAAGUUGUCUGGCUUUAGAGCCGAUGUAUAUAUCGUAGACUUUCUUGCCAGUCUUGUUGAAUGUACCGAUUCUCUCCUGAAGAUUAAUCUCAGUGCAUAUGCUACUCAUAGGUCUGGAGAUGAUUUGUUUGUGGAAAAUUGCAAGAUAUGUGUGCAGGAACUCAGGAAAAUAUUGUAUACAAAUGUCCAGCUGAUAUUUCAUGAUUAGUAGUGGCUGAAUUGUACAUUUUUUUAUUUUAUUA